GCCCCCCGCGAGGGAGGGGCGGAGCCGCACCGCCCCCCGCGCACUGGGCAUGCCCGGAACCGCCGUGCCCGCGGCCGCCGGCCUGCGCGGACUCUGCCCGCCAUGGAGCGCAUUGAGGGGGCGGCCGUGGGCCCCUGCACUGCCUCGCCCUACCUGCGGCCUCUCACGCUGCACUACCGCCAGAACGGCAUCCAGAAGUCCUGGGAUUUCAUGAAGACUCAUGACAGUGUGGCCGUGCUCCUGUUCAACGCCACGCAGCGGAGCCUGGUGCUGGUCCGGCAGUUCCGGCCAGCCGUGUACGCAGGCGAGGUGGAGAGACACUUCCCAGGCUCCUUGGUGCCCGGGGACCAAGACAAGCCCCGGACGCUGCCGACAGCGCUGCCCGGCACGGCAGGUGUCACCUACGAGCUGUGUGCGGGCCUCGUGGACCAGCCAGGGCUGUCCCUAGAAGAGGUGGCCUGCAAGGAAGCCUGGGAGGAGUGCGGCUAUCGGCUGGCCCCCUCCGACCUGCGCCGCGUCACCACCUACAAGGCCGGCGUGGGUCUGACCUGCUCCAACCAAGCCAUGUUCUAUGCCGAAGUGACGGAUGCUCAGAGGACCGGCCUGGGCGGGGGCCUGGCGGAGGAGGGAGAGCUGAUCGAGGUGUUCCACCUGCCUCUUGAUGGCGCCCAGGCCUUCGCGGAUGACCCUGCUGUCCCCAAGACCCUUGGUGUCAUCUUCGGGAUCUCGUGGUUCCUCAGCCACGUGGCCCCGGACUUGCGUCCCCAGAGAGAGUAGAUUCUGGGGGCAGGGGACGGCCUGGCUGUCUGCCCACGGGACCAAUAAACCAAGUGCAGCUCUG